UUACUACAUUUAACCACCUUCCCCGUGUUGUUGUGUUAGGAGUGAAUUAAAAAUGGUUAUUAAACGAAGCUCAUCGUGCUAGAAAUCUCAUUUCAGAGUGAGCUAGAAAUCUCAUUUCAGAGUUUAAAAGGACAAACCUCUCCUUUGCCUACUAUCCGGAGAUGAAGGAAUUCUCAUUUCCGCUGUCCGCAACCUUGCCAAAUGAGCUAGCUCCUGCAACACGAAUAUACUUCAAUGGAGUAUCCGUUUAACAGGAGCAUGCAAUGAUAGUUUAAGUCCGCUUAAACUAUAAAAUAAUGCAUGACAUCUGCCGAUCAAUUAACAUUAACAUGGAAUAUUAGUAAAAUUAGCAACAACCCAAGUAUACGUCUUGAAUGAGCUUCCCACUAACGAGUGCAUGCAUUUUGCUUCUUGGCAAUGCGCUUCCCAACCAUUCACCUACCCUCAAAGCUCCCAGAUUGGAUAUCAAGAAUCAAGGAGUCGUCAACUACUGGGAAAUGGGAAGAAGUUCUUUCCCACUAUCAGGAAAUGAAAAACGCUGGGGUUCACCUUACAGACCCUUCAGUUUUCCCUUCCAUUCUCAAAGCAUGUUCCAACGUCUCCUUUAUAUGUGGAAAGUCCAUGCAUGCAUGCUUGGUUAAGCAGGGAUUUGAAUUGUUCACUUCCGUUAGUAACUCCACCAUGGACUUGUACGGGAAGUGUGGAGACCUGGGUUCUGCAUUUGGUGUGUUUAACUGCAUGAGGAGCAGAGAUUCAGUCUCUUGGAAUAUAAUGAUACGUGGGUUUCUUGUUCAGGGAGCUUUACAAGAAGGGUUGCAGUGGUUUAUGAAUGCAAGGGUUGCUGGGUUUGAGCCCAGCAAUUCCACCGUGGUGCUUGUAAUACAGGCGUGUCAAAGUCUUAGAGCUAAGCUUGAGGGAAUGGAAGUACAUGGUUACGUAAUUAAGAGUGGGUUUUUCUCCAUUGGUUCUGUUCAGAACUCUUUGUUGAGCAUGUAUGCAGAGGCUGACAUGGAGAGUGCUUGGAGAAUGUUUGAUGAAAUGUGUGACAAAGAUGUCAUCUCUUGGAGUGUGAUAAUUGGUGGUUAUGUGCGAAGUGGGAAAGCUCAGGUUGGUUUACAGGUGUUUCAGGAGAUGGUAUCUGAUGUUUCCAUUGAGCCAGAUGCUAUAACUAUGGUGAGUGUACUUAAAGCCUGCACUAGUUUAGGGCAGUUUUAUAUGGGGAGGGUGGUUCACGGGUUAGUGAUCAGUAGAGGUUUUGGGUUUGAUCUGUAUGUUGGGAAUUCUUUAAUUGAUAUGUAUUCAAAGUGUUAUGAUGCUGAUUCUGCCUUUAAAGUCUUCAAUGAGAUGUCUCAGAGGAACAAUGUCUCAUGGAAUUCUAUUUUAUCUGGUUUUGUCCUAAAUAAGAAGCAUUUGGAAGCUCUAUCUCUGUUUUAUUCGAUGGGGAAGGAAGGAAUUGAGGCAGAUGAAGUGACUCUUGUCAAUAUUCUUCAGACCUGCAAGUACUUUGUGCAGCCGUUUCAGUGCAAGUCAGUCCACUGUGUAAUAGUGCGGCGGGGAUAUGAAUCAAAUGAACUGGUGCUGAAUUCUCUAAUUGAUGCUUAUGCAAAAUGUGAUCUUGUUGAGCUGGCAUGGGACCUUUUUGAUGGGAUGGAGAGAAGAGAUGUGGUUUCUUGGAGCACCAUGAUUGCAGGGUUCACCUACUGCGGCAAUCCUGAUGAAGCAAUAGCUGUUUUCCAAGAGAUGAGUCAUGAUGCACAGGAGAAGCUCAAUGCGGUUGCCAUUAUCAAUCUUCUUGAUGCUUGUUCAGCUUCAGCUGAACUGAGAAAGUCGAAGUGGGCUCAUGGAAUUUCAAUUCGAAGAGGCUUGGAAGCAGAAGUGGCAGUUGGAACUGCAAUAGUUGAGAUGUACUCCAAGUGUGGGGCAAUAGAAGACUCAAGGAAGGCCUUUGAGCAAAUUCCUGAAAAGAAUGUUGUUUCCUGGAGCGCCAUGAUAGCAGCAUAUGGAAUGAAUGGGUUUGCACGUGAAGCCUUAGCUUUGCUUGCUGAAAUGAAACAACACGGAGUCCAGCCAAAUGCUGUGACAGCUCUUUCAGUGCUAUCUGCUUGUAGUCACGGCGGGUUAGUUGAAGAGGGGCUUUAUUUUUUCAAUUCGAUGCGUCAGGAUUGCGGGGUUGAGCCUGGAUUGGAACAUUACUCAUGCGUGGUUGACAUGUUGGGUCGGGCAGGAAAACUUGAUUGUGCAAUGGAUUUAAUCAAGAAGUUGCCUGAUCAAGGUCUGGAGGCUGCAGGUGCCAGUGUUUGGGGGGCACUUUUGAGUGCUUGUAGAAGUCAUGGAAAUAGUGAGCUCGGCGCAGGAGCUGUCUCUCAUGUUCUUGAGAUGGAGCCUUUGAAUUCAGCUGGUUAUUUGCUGGCGUCGAGCAUGUACGCAUCAGGUGGAUUAUGGGUUGAUGCUGCGAGGAUGAGAAGGUUGGCGAAGGAGAGAGGGGUGAGGGUUGUUGCUGGUUACAGCUUGGUGCAUGUUAACAACAGGGCGUGUAGAUUUUUGGCUGGGGAAAGGUCCCAUCCACAAGCCAGUGAAAUACUUGACCAGCUGCAUAGCUGUAUGAAGAUUGACAAGAAUUUACUGGUCAUCGAAUGCUGAGAGUACAUAAUUAUAGUUCUUUUGAAUCAUGUUGGAGUAAUUUCUUCCGAUCUAAUUUAUAAAAAUGCCAUAUGUCUUUUAAAUACGUGAGAAGCACAUGCCAUAGAGGAACAAUCGUGUAGUGGACACGACUCAAAGAAUCUGCCAGGAGCCUAUACUUAUCAUGCUCAAGACAUGAUAUAGCUACCACAUUCAUGAUUCAUGCACAUGAUUGCUUAAUAGCAGCCACCUUCAUGAAUGACUUCAACAGGGCACAAUAGCAUGAGUCUCCACGAUUAGAGCAUCAAGUUGGAAAGCUUCAACGCUUAAAUUUGAAGAAAAGUUGGAAACAAGGCAAGUGAUCAGUCUGCAUCUCGAUUGUCAUUCUUGCUUCUCAAAUACUCUCUCUUUCGUUCAUAAAUUCUCAGCAUUAGGCAAUAUUCCAGUUCAUGUAAAAUUCUUCUAAGUUUCAAUAAUUAUUUUUAAUUUAAAUAAUCAAUAUUUUAUCCCA